AAACUCUCAGGAACAUGAUUUGCUUGCAGUUCCUAUCUCUCCUUACCUGUGGACUUACAGUGCUGCAGGGGGUGAAUGGGUGGACAUACCAUUAUUCAGACACAAACAUGACCUACAGGGAAGCAGAGCUGUGGUGCAGGGAGAAGUAUACCAACCUGGUUGCCAUCCAGAACAAGGAGGAAAUCAGGCAUCUCAAUGCCUUCCUACCCUUCAAUCCGGGUUACUACUGGAUUGGAAUCAGAAAAAUUAAUGAUGUGUGGACCUGGACUGGAACUAACAAACAACUGACAGAAGAAGCAAGAAACUGGGCUUCAGGGGAGCCCAAUGGCAAAGGGAACAACGAGGACUGUGUUGAGAUCUACAUCAAAAGAGGGAAGGAUGAUGGCAAAUGGAAUGAUGAGCAGUGUGAGAAAAAAAAGGUCGCCUUGUGCUACACAGCUUCUUGCAACCCAUCUCUCUGCAGUGGCCAUGGAGAAUGCAUAGAGACUAUCAACAACCACACCUGCCAUUGCAACCCUGGGUUCUAUGGGCCUGAAUGCGAGUUUGUUAAGAGUUGUGAUCCACUGAAGAAACCUGAUCAUGGGAGCCUUGAGUGCCACCAUCCAUUGGGGGACUUCAGCUACAACUCAUCCUGCACAGUUCAGUGUGACGAGGGCUAUGAGCUGACUGCACUGGAAUCUGUUCACUGUACCUCUUCUGGGGUCUGGUCUACCCCCCUUGCAGCAUGCAAAGCUGUGACCUGUCCUGCCUUGGAAAUGCCUGUGCAUGGGGCUGUGAACUGCUCCCAUCCCUCUGUGCAGCUCACCUGGGGAACCACCUGUGAGUUCACCUGUGAGGAAGGAUUCACCCUGACAGGACCAGCUACACUGCAGUGUGGCUCUUCUGGAGCCUGGGACAGGCAGCAGCCCAGCUGUGCAGCUGUGAGGUGUGAGGCUGUGCCCUGGCCAGCAGAAGGCUCUGUGAGCUGUGACCACUCUCCUGCAGACCUCACCUCUGGCUCAAGGUGUGAUUUCCAGUGCAAUGAGGGAUAUGUCCUGGAGGGCUCAUCCAGCACUGUGUGCCUGCCACAGGGACAGUGGUCAGACCCAGUGCCCAAAUGCAAAGUCAUACAGUGUGAACCACUGAGCCCUCCUGAGAAAGGCUCCAUGGAUUGCUCCCACGGGGCUGGGAUCUUCACCUACAACACCUCCUGCCACUUCAGCUGCCCUGAAGGAUGGAGUCUCAAUGGCUCUCGUGUUCUUGAGUGCAGCCAUUCAGGAAACUGGAGUGCCAGCCUGCCCACUUGUGAAGCCUCUGAGCAAGCCAGCUACAUCGCUGUGGGCAUAGCAGCCACUUCUGCCUCUCUGCUGUCCACAGCAUCGUUCCUUCUUUGGCUUGCAAGGCGCUUCCGGAGAAAAGCAAAGAAGUUUAUUCCUUUCAGGAACUGGCAGGAAACAGCCAGUGAGGGCAGCUUCCAAAGUGCUGGUGAAAAUGUCUAACUCAGGUGUUUCAGGAAUUGCAGCCACCUUCACUUACAUCUCACAUUUCUGGAGAAUGAAACUGCCUGCAAAUCAGCAGCUGUCCAGAUGUUUUUACCUCUUGCUGACAAGUUGAUUGACCUUGUGUGUGAUUCAGAAAUCUUGAGCUCAAGCUGUCUGGUAUUUCCAUUGAAGACAAGCAGAAAACUCUGGCCUUCUGGCCAAAUCCUGCCUACAUUCAGCCAUGUAGUUAUCCUAAACUGGGAGCUUGCCAUCUCCUGUCCAGAUGGUGAGCAAAUAGUGCUCUGCUGCCUAAAGAGGAGGCUGGUUCCUCCUCUGUUCCACUCAGAGGUACUGAGGUGAGGUGAAGACAUGCAUUAUUUCACAUCACUUACUACACUGCUGGACGUGUCUCCUCUGGAGUCACAGGGGUUAUGCUUGCAGAAACAGAAGAAUCAGGAUGAAAAAAAUAUUCACUGAACAGCAUUGAAACUAUUGAUCUGGUUUGGGGAAGUCAGUUUAUUUUAAGAUGUCCCAGUCAAUAGAUAUGCCUGCAGUGAUAUGGACAAUUAUUCGGGUUUCUGCUGUAUAUCCCAGAAAACUUAGAUAUCUUUUUUUUUUUUUUAACUGUAACAGCACUAGAAACCAUAGUGCUUACACAAGGUACUGUGGUUUCUGAACACAGCAGGUAGAUCUGAAAUUCUCUCAUCCCUGUGGGAUUGUGUACUGUAAUAUGUGUAUAUACAUAUAUAUUUAUUUGUGCAGCUUUUACUGUGGGUAUUUCUGUGCUCUUAACUGUACGUGUUUUGUAAAAUACUUGUUCUUGAGUGGGUCUGUGGCUGUUGAUCAAUUGAUCAGAAUUUAUUUUGAAAUAAAUAGGAGGUGUUUGUAAGGAUUGCAUGCCUGCAUAAUGUUUAUGAAUGAAA